AUGGCCAACACUAUCUAUCUUAUUACUGGCGCCAACCGCGGAAUUGGCCGUGGUCUGGCCAAGGUAUUCCUCACUCGCUCCAACGCCACUGUUAUCGCGGCUGUCCGCGACCCCGCUAAUACUUUAUCACUGUCCCUGCAAUCCCUCCCCAAGGGCGAAUCCUCUCGCCUGAUUGUGGUAAAGGUUGACUCCAAGUCUCUUACAGACCCGGCCGCUGCCGUUCAGACCCUCCAGAGGGAGCACGGCAUUAACCACCUGGACGUGGUAAUCGCCAACGCCGGCAUCAGCGAGGACUUCUCGCCCGUGCACGAGGUGCCUAUCCCCGUGCUGCGCGAGCAUAUCGAAGUUAACAGCUACGGGCCUAUCUACCUCUACCAAGCGAUCUACCCGCUGCUUAAGAAGAGCGCGAAGCCCACAUUUGUGGGAGUCGGCAGUCCACUGGGCAGCAUUGGCGGCAUGGAGCAGCGCCCGUACCCGUGUGCGGCGUACGGCCCCAGCAAGGCUAUCCUGCACUGGAUCGUACGCAAGAUCCAUUUCGAGAACGAGGACUUUGUGAGCUUCGUUGCGGAUCCUGGCUUCCCCCAAACCGAUAUGGGCAAUGCCGGCGCCCAGGCUGUCGGCCUCGAGAAGGCCUUCCAGACGGUCGAGGAGAGCGUCGGCGGUAUCGUGAAGGCGGUCGACGAGGGGACAAGGGAGUCGGUUGGUGGGCAGCUGCGCGUGUGGGAUGGAACCCGGUUCCUGUGGUAA